AAACUCCAUCAAAAUUCCACAAUCAUUUUUCUAUUUUACCUACCUCUCUUCACAAGAAGUAGACCCUAACUUACUGCCCAAGUCAACUCCAAAAUGCAGCCUCAACCCGACGUCUUCAGCCUCCAGAACUACCUAAACUCUUCGAUCCCAUCUCCAUAUCCUUCCCAUUUCCAGAUAUCAUCGCCAUUUCCAAUCAACGGUCAAAACCCUAACUCCAUCUACGGAUUCCAAAGUGCUACAAAUAAUCCACAAUCCAUGAGCCUAAGCAGCAACAACUCCACAUCAGAUGAAGCCGAAGAGCAGCAGACCGACAAGAACAUAAUCAACGAGAGGAAGCAAAGAAGGAUGAUAUCAAAUAGAGAAUCUGCAAGGAGAUCGCGUAUGAGGAAGCAGCGACACCUUGACGAGCUUUGGUCUCAGGUGAUGUGGUUGAGGAUCGAAAAUCAUCAGUUGCUUGACAAGCUUAACAAUCUCUCUGAAUCUCACGAGAAAGUUCUUCAAGAGAAUGCUCAGCUUAAAGAGGAAACAUCUGAGCUUAAGCAAGUCAUCAGUGAUAUGCAAAUUCAAAGCCCUUUCUCUUGCUUCAGAGACGAUAUAAUCCCCAUUGAAUAGAGCAUCUUUACCCCCAUGUACCACGGUUCAUAUAUGUAUUAUGUGUGUAUAUCUGGAGAUCUUUUUUGUUUACCAAAAAUCCCGGGUCUUAAUCCUCAUGCCGGGGAUGAGAGAAGGUUAAUUAGUCCAAAGAUUAGUGUUAAUGAAGAACAAAUAUAAGUGGUGUUGGUCAAAUCAUGGGUCAUAUUGGUGAUGAGGACAUUGUAAGGUGGUGUGGGUUUUGUUUUUUAUUACAAUAAUUUCCAAGUUUCCAACUACUAA